AUGGGAAAUUCUUACGCUGGUCAGCUCAAGACAACACGAUUUGAAGAAGUGUUGCAUAAUUCUAUUGAGGCCUCUCUCCGCUCAAACAACUUAGUUCCCAGACCAAUCUUUUCUCAGUUGUAUUUGGAAGCUGAACAGCAACUGUCAUCACUGGAAGCAGGCAACAAAGCAGAUAAUGAGGAAGAAGAAGAAGAGGAGGAGGAAGAAGGCUCAGAAUCAAGUAGUCCUCCUGUUUCUUACCAGAUGAAGCCUCCCCCAGAAGGAUGUUGCACGACUGAUGGUUUCUGCCAAGCUGGUAAAGAUUUGAGACUGGUUUCUAUUUCCAAUGAACAUAUUGAGGUACCAUCAGGGUUUUUACUUGUUGGUGCAAAGUCACCAAAUUUACCAGAUCACCUUUUAGUGUGUGCUGUGGAUAAAAGAUUCCUGCCAGAUGACAAUGGGCGCAAUGCCCUGUUGGGCUUCUCUGGCAAUUGUGUUGGCUGUGGCAAGAAGGGUUUCUGCUACUUUACAGAAUUCUCAAAUCACAUUAAUCUUAAACUGACCACUCAGCCCAAGAAACAGAAACACUUAAAGUAUUAUCUGGUCAGGAAUGCACAGGGAGCUCUGACCAAAGGAUCUGUAAUCUGCUGGAAAGGGGCAGAGUUCAGAGGCCGGCAGUCUUCAUCCAGCACCUGCUCAAGCACACUGUUCCAACUGCCAGAAAGCUCGAGCCUCUCAGGAAGCACCUCAAGUGAGCACCUUCCAGCAGCAAACCCAAGUGCUCCAGCUGGGACUCAGCAAACAGGUGCAGCCAUAGAUCACAUGCCUUCAACAGCAGCAUUCAGCUCAGCAGUUUAUAAUGGCAAGGAAUCGCCUAAACAACAGUUGGUGAAAAAUAACCUGUCUGCUCUGACAAGACCUUCGGUGUUAGGCACUCUAACAAAUUCAGGGCCUCCAAAAAAGCGCCAUAAAGGUUGGUCACCAGAAUCUCCAUCAUCCACUGAAACUUGGAACUUGCAGCUCAACCCGCAGGCUCCAAAUAGAAUUAAAAAUGAUGGAGGAAGCUUAUCAUCUUUACCACAUUCUGCUUUGGUGGGGCCAGCCUCAUCUCCAAUGGUGGGCUCAGGAGAACCAGUCUCAGUUCCUGACAAUUUGCUGAAAAUCUGUAAAGCAAAGCCAGUUAUUUUUAAAGGUCAUGGAAACUUCCCAUAUCUUUGUGGGAACAUUAAUGAUGUGAUAGUGAGUCCUUUGUUGUACACCUGUUACAGAAAUUCACAGUCUUUAUCUAGAGCAUAUGAACAAUAUGGUGCCUCCACAAUACAGCCUAUUUCAGAGGAAAUGCAGCUCUUACUGACUGUCUACUACCUUGUUCAACUAGCCUCAGACCAGGUCCCUCUGAUUGAGGAUUUGGAACAAAUAUUUAUGCGUUCAUGGCGGGAAUCACACCUGUCUGAAAUCCGUCAGUACCAACAGGCUCUUCCACAGACCUUCCCCCAAGUGCCCAGCCAGAUCGCACCAGUGACUUCAGCCCAGCUUCCCUGGCUGGCGGGGCUUGCAGCUAGCUCCUGUAAUGACAGUGUCCAUAUCAUUGAGUGCAGCUACUCUCUGGCUGAAGGGCUUUCAGAAAUGUUUAAGCUACUCAUUGAAGGAAAAUUAUUAAAGACAAACUACGUGGUGAUCAUAUGUGCCAGCAGAAAUCGAGCCAUUGAUUCCUGCAUUGUGAUAACAGGAAAGUAUCAGGCAAGAGUUCUGUCUGAGAGCAUGCUCACUCCUUCAGACUACCAAAAAGAAGUUAACUAUCAGCUGGUCACAGGGAAAGUGGAAACUCUGGGGUCCUUCUUUAGCACACUCUGCCCAGAAGGUGACAUUGAUCUUUUGCUGGAGAAAUUUUAUCAGGAAAACCAAGGGCAUAUCUCUUCAUCACUUUCUACUUCAGUGAAUAAACCAACAGCACUGAAUGGAACUGGAACAGCUCCGUGUACAAGUUAUGAGAUUGAACGACAUCAGAUUCGUCCAUUCCAGCUAGCAGUGGCUCAGAAAUUGCUGUCUCAUAUUUGCUCAAUUGCUGACUCCAGCACUCAAAAUCUUGAUUUGGGUUCCUUCGAGAAAAUUGAUUUCUUGAUUUGUGUUCCACCCUCUGAAGUGACUUAUCAGCAGACUUUGUUUCACCUCUGGCACUCAGGUAUUUUAUUAGAACUUGGAUUAGAAAAGGAACAUCUUACAAAGCAGAGGGUGGAACAGUAUGUUAUGAAACUAGAUGCAGAGGCCCAGAUUAAGUUCAAAGUCUUUUUACAAAACUCUAUGCAGAAUCCACACACACUGUUUGUCCUCAUCCAUGAUCAUGCACAUUGGGAUCUAAUGAGUGCUAUGCAUAGCCUUUAUCCUCAAACAGAACUGUCUACAGGACUUGUUGAUAGACUGUUGAACUGCAGGGAGGUGAAAGAGGCACCAAAUAUUGUGACGCUCCAUGUGACUUCCUUCCCCUAUGCGCUGCAGACACAGCAUACUCACAUCAGCCCUUACAAUGAGAUCCACUGGCCUUCUUCAUACAGCAAUGGUGUAGAUUUGUACCAUGAAAGCAAGAAAUACUUUGGGUUGUCAGAAUUCAUUGAGUCCACCCUCUCUGGACAUAGUAUUCCAUUACUUCGGUAUGACAGCUCUUUUGAAGCAAUGGUCAUGGCUUUGGGAAAGAGGUUCCCCAGAUUACACAGUGCAGUGAUAAGGACUUUUGUUCUCAUACAACACUACUCUGCAGCUAUGAUGGCAGUGUGUGGUCUUUCUCAGAUGAAGAAUUACACCUCAGUUGAAACUCUGGAAAUCACCCAAAACCUAAUAAACUCUUCAAGACAAUGUCCUAGUGGUCAUGGCCUCAUGGUAGUGUUGAGAAUUCCAUGUACUCCGCUGGCUGCAGUGGCAUAUGAACGUCUGUAUAAUGUAAGGGAAAGACUAGCCCUUGAAGAUAACUUUGAAAUAAUCUUGGGAAAUCCUAAUUCUGGAAUCACAAUAGGGAAGCACUUUGUGGAGCAACUAAAGGUCUGGCAGAAAAUUGAAGAUGUGGAUUGGAGGCCACAGACCUAUUUGGAAUUGGAAGGUUUGCCUUGUAUAUUGAUAUUUAGUGGUAUGGAUCCACAGGGGGAAUCUUUGCCACGAUCACUGAGAUACUGUGACCUACGUUUAAUAAAUUCAUCUUCUUUGGUAAGGACAACCUUGGAGCAAGAACUUGGCUUGGCAGCAUACUUUGUGAGCUCAGAAAUACAUACAGAGAAAGCAGUUGUGAAUGAUGUGUUAGAAAGUGACCCAGAGAAACUAAGCAGCACUGACUAUGAAGAUGAAGAAAUAGCGACAGAAGGUUUCACUUCAGAAAAAAGAAGUCCUAUGAAAAGAGAAAGAUCUCGUUCCCAUGACUCUGCAUCUUCAUCUCUCUCUUCAAAAGCUUCCAUUACAGCAUUCUGCAGUGAGUCAUCUCCUCCUUUAAUAGCAGCAGGGGAUACAGCAAAAUCCCCUCACCAAGUCCCAAGCAACAGCACUGAAGAAACUACAAGUAACUACGAAAGGCAGAAACAAAAAGUAGACAAGGGGGCACAAACAACAGUCAGCAAACACUUGCCACUAGUAACUGAACAGCUGGAUACGAAACAAAACAUAAAAAAUGCCCAAAUUUCCAUCACCUCAUCAUCCUCGUCACCUUUCUCCUCCUCUUCUUCCUCUUCUGCGCCUACUCAUAACUCCUUCAUCCUACAGACCUCUCAAUGCUCCAUGAGCAAAGCAUCAAAACAGCCUCCCAUAGUUUUCCUGCCCAAACUGGUUUAUGACAUUAUUACUUCUACGGACAGCAGUGGACUUCCCAAAUCAUCUUCCCUCUUGCCUUAUCAUUCUGUUAUGUGGGCAAGUUCUUUUCGUCCUCUUAUGAGCAAGAUGAUGACUUGCACGGAGCAGUCUCUAUACUAUCGCCAAUGGACGGUUCCCAAGCCAAUCCAUAUGGACUACAACAAUAGAAAUGAGGGCAGAAUGGACACCUUUCACCCAAGGAGGCUGCUGCUGAGUGGGCCACCACAGAUAGGAAAGACAGGUGCCUAUCUGCAGUUCCUCAGUAUUUUGUCCCGAAUGCUGAUUAGACUGACAGAAGUGGAUGUUUAUGAUGAAGAAGAAAUCAACAUUAACAUAAAAGAAGAAUCUGAUCAAUACUACCAUCAGCCUGGUGAUAUGUGGCCAGAUUUGCAGACAUUUAAGAAGAUGUCUUUUGACUACACUAUCCAUGACCCGAAAUAUGAAGAUGCAAGUUUGAUUUGUUCAAAGCUUCAGACUGUGAACAGUGAAG